UCCUUCCUCGAGCAUUUGUUUUUCCAGCCUCUCUCUCUCUCUCUCUCUGAAGGACAUGCGCUUGGAUUUCUUCGAUCUCUUCACUGCGAGGAUCGGACGGCUGAAAUAUGUCUGAGAGCAAAGAUCCGGCGAUCAAGCUCUUCGGGAAGACGAUCCCAUUACAGGAUGGUCAGAUUCCGGAAGAGAAAUCCGAUCUCGCCUCGACGUUGGUUGCCACUGAUGAGAAAAAGGACACAUGUGGAGAAACAGUGCACAAGGAAGUCAAAGAUACACCACCGGGAACUACAGAAGAGCCCACCAAGACAGAUAGCUUCUCUGGUGUGAAAGAUGGCAAGGAAAAUGAGCAUCAUGCUGUGAUGGAGGACAACAAACCAGCAGUGGAUCCUAAGGCUGAGGAAGAACAUAUGGAAACCGAUGCCGAAGAUGGUGAGGAGAAGGUCCCCAAGAAGGUGGACAAGAUUCUCCCAUGUCCCAGAUGCAACAGUAUGGACACGAAAUUCUGUUACUACAAUAAUUACAAUGUUAACCAACCUAGGCACUUCUGCAAGAAUUGUCAGAGAUAUUGGACGGCUGGGGGGACGAUGAGGAAUGUCCCUGUGGGGGCUGGACGGCGGAAGAAUAAGCAUGCUGCCUCACAUUAUCGUCACAUAGUGAUGUCAUCCGACGGUAUACCCACGACUCCGGUAGAUGCCGCCCCUGACUGUGGGAUGCCCGCCCCUGCUGGACCUCUGAAGGGGAAUGGAAAAGUCCUGAAAUUUGGAAAGGAUACACCCCUAUGUGAAUCCAUGGCCACUGUGCUGAAUCUUGGAAACCGGAAGGCAAAGGUUGAGGUGGGUCCUGUGGCUAGUGGUGAAAACGGAGACGAGUCUUCAUGUGUGUCUUCUGUGACGGCUUCUGCUUGCUUGGAAAACCAGUUGCCAGAAAACGUGGUUCAGAUGGAGCAAGGAGGUGUCCUAGGUUCUUGUAAUGGGCUUCCUCCACUGCAUCGCCUUCCGUGUUAUCCUGGCCCUCCUUGGGCUUACCCUUGGAAUCCGGCUUGGCACAAUGCUGCUGCCAUGUCAGUGGGCCGGUGCUCGUCCGAGCUGGUUUACGGUUUGGAGAGCAGUAAUGCCAAUCCUGUUCAAUGGAGCUCACCACCAAUGGUGGCAGCUCCUGCAUUCUGUGCUACGAACAUUCCUUACCCGUUCAUGCCAGUACCCUAUUGGGGCUGCAUGCCUGGUUGGGCUGGUGGGGCAUGGAAUGUUCCAUGGGUCGGGUCUAAGGAGAGCCAAUCGCUGUCAUCCUCCACCAGCAAUAGUGGCUGUUCAGGAAAUGGCUCGCCCACCUUGGGCAAACAUUCUAGAGAUGUGAAUUUUCAGGGCGAGGAGAAAACAGAGAAGUGCCUUUGGGUUCCCAAGACACUGAGAAUCGACGACCCAGAUGAGGCGGCGAAGAGUUCUAUAUGGGCCACUCUUGGUAUCAAGCAUAACAAGAAUGAGCCCAUAACAAAAGGCGGCAUCUUCAAAGCUUUCCAGCCCCAGAUGGAAGGCAAGGGCCACACAUCAGAUGCCAAGCAGGUCCUGCAAGCAAAUCCGGCUGCUUUAUCCCGCUCUCAGACUUUUCAAGAGAGCACGUAAAGAAGUUCUUGCAACAAUCCGUUUCAGCCCAUUUUGGCUUCUCUUUCCUUUGUGUAAAGCAUAUGGGUGCAGUUUUAAGCUCCCACUUCUAACAUGACAUCAUUUAUUAUGUGGAUUAGAGGAUAUGGCUUCAGCAACAAACCAACCAUAGAGAAGCUAAAAAAUGCUUAUCUGAGCGUUCUCCGAAGCUGCCUGUCAGGGAAUUUGCAUGGGCUGUGUGUCAGAUCAUUCGAAAGUGUAUGCUGUAAAUAGUAGAGAGAGUUGUUGUUUAUAGCUGCUACAUUGAUAUUCUGCCCAAGUUUUAGUUUCGAAAAUUUCAUUCUCGUUUUGAAUCA